CGGCGUCAGUCGGCUCCGAGCCGAGCCGGGAGGCGAAACCGCGGCCCCGCUGAAUCCUCCUCGGUUCUGCGAAAGCAGUAUGGCCGCCAGCCUAUGGAUGGGGGACACUGUUGAGCCUGGUUCAUGCAUGCCUGCUGAUUUUGAGUGGCAUCGACCCUCUUAAAUGAACCUUCUUUUUGAAGCGCAAGGCUGGAGCCGUACAUGGAUGAAAACUUUGUUUCAAGAGCCUUUGCCACCAUGGGAGAGCUUGUACUGAGUGUAAAAAUCAUUCGAAACAGGUUGACAGGAAUUCCUGCAGGCUAUUGCUUUGUAGAAUUUGCAGAUCUGGCUACUGCAGAGAAGUGUUUACAUAAAAUCAAUGGAAAACCUCUUCCUGGUGCUGCACCGGCAAAGAGAUUUAAAUUGAAUUAUGCAACGUAUGGAAAACAGCCCGAUAACAGUCCAGAAUAUUCACUUUUUGUGGGAGACCUGACUGCUGACGUGGAUGAUGGCAUGUUGUAUGAGUUUUUUGUUAAAGUUUAUCCAUCAUGUAGAGGUGGAAAAGUUGUUUUGGACCAGGCAGGAGUAUCCAAAGGUUACGGCUUCGUGAAGUUCACCGAUGAACUGGAGCAGAAAAGAGCGCUGACGGAGUGCCAGGGAGCCGUGGGGCUGGGCUCCAAACCGGUGCGCUUGAGUGUGGCUAUACCGAAAGUUAACCGCAUGAAGCCAGCGGAGUACAGCCAGAUGUACAACUACAGCUACAGCCAGUAUUACCAGCAGUACCACAGCUACUAUGCACAGUGGGGCUACGACCAGAACACAGGCAGCUACAGCUACAGCUACCCCCAGUAUGGCUACACACAGAGCACCAUGCAGACAUAUGAAGAAGUUGGUGAGGAUGCAUUGGAAGAUCCAGCACCUCAUUUGGAUGUCCAUGAAGCAAAUAAACAGUUUAUGGAGCAGAGUGAAGAGCUCUAUGAUGCCUUGAUGGACUGCCAUUGGCAGCCUUUGGACACUGUCUCGUCAGAGAUCCCAGCCAUGUUAUAGCUAUAGCCUCGUUGCUGAGGUGCCGUCUGUGUGACGAAUCCGCCGGUGCUCUGUUACUCUGCAAAUGGAUCCUGCAGGAGUCAGGGGUGGCCCCUUUCCACUCAGGUCUGUUACUGGAAGUACAGGAGGAGUGUGGUGUUCCCUGUGCAACGCCGGAGUGCCGCGGGAGCACCGUGAUAACUUCUGUUGGUGGUGGAAGUCAGAACUGCAGCGGUUUUAUUCCUUUUGUCUUGAAGUGAACUCUUAAUACUACUUGUAAUUUAUAAACUUGCAUCAGGAUGGCACAGGGGAAGGACUACUCCAACGUACAAUAAAGAAGUUGGUCUUUUAAGUAAAAGUACCCAUUGCUUUUUGGUUCGUGCCCCCUUUCUGGUUUGCUGCCCAUUUAACUGUCUUUAGUCAGUUGGUCCAACACUUGUCCACGUGUUGGUUUGGUUUGGUUUUUAAAGAGUCACUGUCAAAUACCACUAAAAUGUCUCAGAAGCUUCCUAGUGACUGGGUAAAGUUGCUAUAAGUUGAGUAUGGGAAGGAAUCAUGUGGAUGAAAGCCUAUGUUCUGCUUAAUCUAAGCUGUGAUCUUGAACUAAGCUUGCUGUUCCUAAGCAUUUUGGAGAGCAAAGGCAGGAAGGAGUGUCAGAGAACCACUACAGACUGAUGCCUUCUGCUUGAUGGUCUCCAGCAUGUUUGGCUUGCCUCUCCAUCUGUGAGGAAAGAAUUCCCCACCAGCCAAGCAGUUUAAAACACUUCUACCAGCAACCUUGUUGAAAUGUUACUGUAUGUACGAUGCCUUUUUCGUUGUUGACAGGCCUCAAUGGCCCCUUUAUCAUGUUAAGGUUUCACAGCGUCUUCCACUGUCAGAGUAAAUAUGGUGAAACUGAGGAUCUUGCAGCAAAAACGGGUCAGAGCAAUCCAAUCAAUGUAUUGUGCAACAAAUUGUUGCUGACUUGGAAGGCAGUUUUCUACUGAAUGUUGUAUAAGCUGGAUGAUGGACAAGCAAUAUAUUUAAGUGAGUAUUAUCUUGCUUUAGAGGUGAAAGCAAAAAUGAUAGCACUUAUGUACAUGUUAUAAGCCCUUUUCAGGCUUUUGUGCCUUAAACUCUUUGAGAAAUAGGAAGAGAUAAACUACCUGUAAUAAAUGUCUGUCCAAGAAAUGGUUUGGUGACUGAUUGCUCAUGCACAGCAGUAAGUUGCCUCCCUCCCCGUGUUGAUGCAGAGAUUUGCCACAAAAUUUAAAUACUUUCAUAAAGCCUACUUCUGCUACA